UCUUCUCUAACUAAUGAUGUCUUAUGUCAGCAGCGCUGAAAAGAGGGAACGAAGUCGUGCACUGAAGCCAAGUUGCGAUUCCUAGAAAUUCGCAAUGCAUUAAUAUGUUGCUUUGUUUUGCUCCAUGAGCCAGCGGGCAAAUUUUUGAUUUUCAACAAACUAUCUUGUUUUGUUUUGCUUUCAAAAUGAUGGAAACCAAUGUUGUUUUGUAUAUUUAGAAUCAAAAGUAAGGACCAAGAAGCAUCAUGAGCCACCGACAUUUAUCCAAAUAUGCAGAUCGUCGUGUUAUCUCAGUGUCGUCACAUGUCGCUAGUUCCUACAGACGUCGAUAUAGUACUUCCGAUAAUGAUGAAGGGAAAAGUCGCCGACACGUAGUUUCGUCAAGUCGUACUCGGGAAGACAAAACAUCUUCAAAUUCACACAAACGAAAAUUAAAAUUGCACCAGGAUUAUAAUAAGGACAAAGUUAGAAAGAGUGACCAUGACUCCAGUCGCAGAACUGAGCGGGAAAAGCAUAGACGACAUAAACGACAUGAAGAAAGUAAACAUAAAGUCAAGAUAUCUUCGCGAUUGCGAGAAAAGAUCGACGAAAUUGUACGUAAGGAACAUCAUCAUAUCGUUUUAAAAGAGCGAGACUCUUCCGGUAACUUUCUCCACGUAGAGUGGUGCCCGAAGUACGUUAGACCUGAUACUGGGCGCGCCACAGGAGGGAAAGCGCUCCUCCAUCAUAGAUGUCGAAGUUGCAAUAAUAUUUGCUUACACUUACUGGGGAGAUACGGUAGUUCUGAUCGUAAAUGUUUAGUCUGCGUGGCAGCUGAGAAUGGGUGGCAUAAAAGUGAGGUACCUGAGUGGUAUUUCCAUUACCACCGUUGCAAAUACUGCAGAACUUACUAAUAUAAUCUCAGUCUGAUUUCACGGAGCACAAGAAACCGAAAGUCGUUUUCUUUUUUGACAGCUUUGAGUGAAAUAUUAAUCCCGCGUUACCACAACAAAACUACAUCACAUUACUAACGUUUCAUCGUUCUGUAACAUGCCUAGAAACUAAUUUACAAAAUUUGCUUGUUGCACUUCGAAGUAUGCCUGCAUCUCGUCACUGCUCAUUACCAGAGCUCGCGAAAUACUCGAUGAUCUGCCGAAUAAUUUCUGCAAAAAAGGGCGAGUUUUUGUAGUUUUUACUCUCGAUUUACGUCUAGUCUUUCACCGGAUUGCAGUAAAUGGUUUUUUUAGAAAUCAACCGGAACGUUAAUCAAAUCAAGCCCAGGGGGCGUGAUACUUUUUUUCUGGAGUGAAGACGCUAUUUAUUAAUUACUGCUCUGACUUUUUAGGAGGGACGUAUUACGAUCAACUGCACUGGUUAUAUAAACCUCUUGUAUAAAAUAAUCUGUUGUACUAGUAUUUCCAGAAAUAGAAAACUUGUGAUGUGA